CAAUGGGGCAGCCAUAUUGAGAAAAAGGCCUAUAUUUUUGUGUUAGGUUAUUGAGCGUAAGCUUGCAAGAUUCUUGGGAAAACUGUGUUCCUCUACCCUGGGAUAUCCGCUCUUCCUCUAUGCCUCCGUCAACUCUUGCACAUAUCUUAGAGUUAUAACAAUGGGUGACAAACGAAAACUACAAGGUGAAAUAGAGAGAUGUCUCAAGAAGGUCAGUGAAGGAGUCGAAACAUUUGAAGACAUCUGGCAGAAGGUACUUGUUCACAAUGCUACGAAUAGCAAUCAGAAGGAGAAGUAUGAAGCAGACUUGAAAAAGGAAAUUAAGAAGCUCCAGAGGUUAAGAGACCAAAUCAAGUCAUGGGCAGCCUCAAACGAGAUCAAGGAUAAGAGGACACUGUUAGAAAACAGGAAAUUGAUCGAAACGCAAAUGGAAAGAUUCAAGGUGGUAGAGAGAGAAACAAAAACGAAAGCAUACUCGAAAGAAGGGUUAGGGUUAGCAGCCAAAGUCGACCCCAUCCAGAAGGAGAAAGACGAUGUCUCGCUGUGGAUGCGGGGCUGUAUAGACAAACUCACGGUACAGAUAGACUCGUUUGAAAUGGAGGUUGAAAGCAUCACAACAUCUUCAAAGAAAAGGAAAAUCCCAACAGAUAGGCAAGAGAGAUUAGAUGAGCUAGCGACAUGGUUAGAGAAACACAGGUUUCACAUCAGGCAGCUGGAGACGAUCAUGAGAAUGUUGGAUAACAGCACAAUAGAGGUGGACCAGAUCAAGAAAAUACAAGACGAUUUGGAGUACUACAUUGACUGCUCGCAGGAUCCCGACUUUGAGGAGAACGAGUUCAUGUAUGAUGAACUGGAAAUCGAUGAUGAAGGUCUAGAAGCAACCUCUCCAGACGACGAGGAAAACCACAUGGACGAUGACACGCCCUUGAGUAUUUCACCCAUCGUCAGCAGCAGUUUGCCCUCCACAUCAAACCAUUCCAAAGAUAUAAAGCCAGACGAAGAAAAGAAGACGAGAACGAAAUCGGUGGAUGAUACGUCGUUAUCCUCGUCGCCAUCACCAAGGAAAGGUUCAGCCAAGAGUACGAGCAGCUCAUCAUCGUUGAAUUCCAUUCCCAUGACAACCACUACAACAACAUCAUCAACGACGACUCAGCAGAGUAGACCAACAAUAACGAGAGUUUCAUCGUCGCCGGGUACGUCAACGAGCAACUCCUCAGCGGCGUUUGGGAACUUGCAACCGUCAACCAAAAACAGCCUUAGCAAAGCAAAUAGUGUACCAUCAGCGACGACGCCACAUGCAAUAGCACAGCCACCCUCAGGGCCAGCGUAUGCAGUAGCAGCAGGGGGACAGACACACAAUUCACAAGGGCCGAACCCAGUAGCGAAUCGGGUGGCAGCGCAGCUACCGACGGCGGUGUCGUCUCACAUGAUGUCCAACAGCAUGUCGUUAAGCAGCUCAACUAUGGUGCAGUCCCCAUCAUCAAACCCUCAACACAACAACACUCAGCAGCCCAGACCAGAUAUGAACGGCCCCCAUCAAGGCUUCACAACUUUUGAUACCCCAGGUUACAGCAUAGAGCUGAUCACGAGUAGCGUGGCCAACCUCUCGACCAACAGCACACUGUCAUCGUCAUCGUCCCACAACACCCACAUGUCACACGGUACAGUGCCGUCAUCGUCGUCGUCUUCAAUCACAUCGUCAUCGUCGAUGCCCUUCAUGGUGUCGUCCUUGAUGCCCACCCCGUCAUCGGCGGUGGAGACCAACGCAGUAGCCACUGCCCUGGCCACCAGUGCGGCCAUGCUGACCAAGAGCCCCGACUCAAUGGUCAACGGCCCACUCAGCCCGGAAAAUAAGGAGGAUGACAGCAGCUCAAUGUCGACGCUAAAGAAUAUGGCACAGAAGGUUGUCUUGAGUUCAGGGCUAGAGAACUUCCAGUCGGAUCUCAUAUCAGAAAACAUGGCAGUCUAUAACAGUACUUCCAGGAGUGAGAGCCAGGGUCAGUCGACGACGCCCGCCAACAGCACACCUCAGUAUCAAGAGACCACCAUCCCUCCAUUACUGGGCGUGGCACCCCUCGGACCCGUCACGCUAUCCAAGGAGCAGAGGCUGCAGCAGAGCGUCAUGGAGAGCUGCUUUAACCACUUGCCGCUUCCGUCAGACUCGGAGAGGUUAAGAAAUUACCUUCCGAGGAACCCGUGUCCCACCCCUAGCUACCACUGUCAGGUGAUGCCUCAUAGGAUGGGCACGCUAGAGUUCUUCAUGAGACUAUCGACAGAGACGUUAUUCUUCAUCUUCUACUACCAAGAAGGAACAAAGGCACAAUAUCUGGCUGCAAAGGCUCUGAAAAGGCAAUCAUGGAGAUUCCACACCAAGUAUAUGAUGUGGUUUCAACGGCAUGAAGAGCCCAAGACAAUCACGGAGGAAUACGAGCAAGGAACAUACAUCUACUUUGACUACGAGAAGUGGGGACAGAGGAAAAAGGAAGGAUUCACGUUCGAGUACAGAUACCUGGAAGACCGAGAGCUCUGAGAUUCGCUGCACCGCCCCUCGUUGGAACCCCCCUCCAGUCCAGUCUAUUCAAGCCACUGUUCGGGCGGGGCUCAGCGAAACGCGUGAUAGUAAAUGACUCUCAAAUUCUGACAGUAGCAAAAAAGCUGACUACGCUUGAAAUCCGUUUUUCUCUUCUCCGGGAGUCGGGCCAGGAUCCGGCCCGACCAACUUGUGAUUGUGUUAUUCUAUGUCAUGUGUACAGUAUGUGAAUGAAGACGAAACUAAAGGAAGAAACACGACUAUGUCUUGGAGUGUACCGAUUCCAGAUGUGUUUUAUCUAUCUUGGCAUAAUUUUACAAGGAUAUGAAGAUGACAAACGACAACCAAAAAAAAAUGAUAAAAAAAGACGAACUUUUUUUCUAAAAACUUUUUAGCCAUGCAGUAUACGUCAUGCUUUCCGGUUCAUGUAAGUUGCCCACUCCUUUCUAAUUAUUCAUACCUCUCUUACUCUUCUUCUCUUUCACUCCUGUCAGUUUCAAUGUUUUUAUGAGGGAACCAUUUUUGUUAUUGCUGUUCACUGAUAUUAUAAAUUAUGCAUGUGUAAGUGGUGUCGACAUUUUCAUGUUGACUUUGUCACCUGUGAACUUUGUGCAAAGAGACCUGUUGAUUCUUUAAUUUCUAACCAAAGUUGAAAUAUGUGUGAUUCAUAUUUUUCUGACUAUAUGAAAGAUGAUUAAUAACCAAACAUUAGCAUAAUGUUUAAAAAAAGGUAAAAUCUUGGUUCAUAUCAU